AUGCCCGCAUCAGAGCAAAACCACCCGGCGACCCGAGCAUUGCAUGCGGAUGAUCCGUUAAAUAUGGUAACCGAUGUCGCGCCGCCAAUGCAUUUGUCAACGACAUUCAGGUACCCCAACGAGCUCGAGAAGCUGAUUCCAUCAGAGGAUCCAGUGGCAGAGUUCGACGGGAAAAAUUACGUCUACUCCCGGGAAUUUGCACCGAAUGCAACACGGUUCGAAGCCAUCCUGUCCUCUCUUCUGAACGGCCAUGCCGUGUGCUAUGCCUCCGGAUUGGCCGCCCUUCACGCUGCAUUGGUACUCCUGAACCCUCGCCGCGUAUCAGUAGGCGAAGGAUACCAUGGAAGUCAUGAAGUAAUAUCAGUUGUCUCCCGUCUCUCGGGGCUGCAGAAACUGAGUCUUGAUUGUCCGGCAAGCAGCUUAGAAAAUGGAGAUAUAAUCCUGCUUGAAACCCCAGUCAAUCCACUAGGGACCGCUUUCAGUAUUGAGGAAUAUGCCAAGAAAGCUCAUGAUAGAGGUGCUUAUCUUGUUGUAGACAGUACGUUUGCCCCGCCUGGCUUACAAGACCCGUUCCUUUGGGGAGCUGAUAUUGUCAUGCAUUCUGGGUCGAAAUACUUCGGGGGCCACAGCGACAUGUUAUGCGGCGUCCUCGCAACCCAGCGUCAGGACUGGACAAAGCAACUCUUCGAGGAUCGGUUUGCCCUUGGACAUGUCAUAGGCAAUCUAGAGAGUUGGUUGGGUGUUCGGAGCAUACGGACGUUGGCAAUCCGUGUGCAACAUGCCAGCCAGAGCUCUGCAAAGCUAAUUACGUGGCUCCAUCGUGCUCUAAAUGAACCGAAUCUGGCUCCCAACAGUGAAGAGCAUGUUAUACAGGCAGUUCUUCAGAAUAUCUUUCAUGCGAGUCUCCAGGACGAGCCUUGGGUACGGAAGCAGAUGCCGAAUGGCUUUGGCCCGGUCUUUGCUGUCGUUCUGCGCAGCGAAGAAUUCGCACGAGGAUUGCCAAGAAAAUUGUCCUUCUUCCAUCAUGCAACAAGCCUAGGUGGAGUGGAAUCUCUAAUCGAGUGGCGCGCAUUGUCCGAUGCCAGGGUGGAUCGGAAGUUGUUGAGAAUUAGUAUUGGAUUAGAGGAUUGGAAUGAUUUGAAGAGCGAUCUACUGCAAGCAUUCCAGUCGCUGGUGGAAGAGCAGUGA